AAAAUACCACAUAUAAAAAGAGCUAUCUAUCUAUCACAGUCAUCUUACUCGAAUAUCUUUCUUUCCCUCAUAAAAUAAUUUUCCUAUGUCUUUGUUCCCAUCAAGAGAAGUGGCUUCCGCUGUCAUCUCCUCGCCGCUGAGUCCUAAUAAGAAGCAAAGCCAGCGUGUAUCUCCCGCUCGCUUCAUUGCCGCUUCGAUCAAUGAAAAGGCCUUUGUAGCUUCUGCUCCCAUUGAAUUGUAUACUACAAACUAUUUCCUGACCUGUGCCUUGGGAGGUGCUUUGGCUUGCGGUCCCACUCACGCUCUAGUGACACCUCUUGACCUUGUCAAGUGCCGUGGCCAAGUGCAGCCUGGUGUCUACAAAGGUACUUUUGAUGGAUGGUCCAAGAUUUACAAGGCCGAAGGCUUCAGAGGCAUCUUCACUGGUGUAGGUCCCACUGCCAUCGGUUAUUCAAUGCAGGGAACUGGAAAGUACGGUUUCUACGAGUUCUUCAAAUACCAGUAUGGUCAGAUUGCUGGUGAGGAAGCUGCUCAUAAGUAUCGUACCGCAUUGUAUCUAGCUGCCUCCGCGUCUGCCGAAUUCCUGGCUGAUAUUGCCCUCUGUCCUAUGGAAGCUCUCAAAGUCCGCAUGCAAACUUCCAUUCCACCAUUUGCUGCUACCACGAGAGAAGGUUUUGCUAAGCUCAAGGCAGCUGAAGGAUUGGGUGGUUUUUACCGUGGCCUCGUUCCACUUUGGGGAAGACAAAUCCCAUACACUAUGAUGAAGUUUGCCAGUUUUGAACGUGUUGUCGAGCUCAUCUACAGCAAUUUCUUGAGCAAGCCCAAAUCAUCGUAUAACAAGUUCCAACAGUUGGAAGUCAGUUUUGCCGGCGGUUACAUUGCUGGUGUCUUCUGUGCUGCUGUUUCUCACCCCGCUGACGUUUUGGUGUCUAAAUUGAACAACCAAGCUAAGUCUGGAAAUUCGCCUGGUGUAGGAGCUUUGAUUCAAGAGCUCGGCUGGAAGGGACUGUGGCGUGGAUUGAGCCAACGUAUCGUCAUGAUCGGUACCUUGACUGCCUUGCAGUGGCUCAUUUACGAUAGUUUCAAGGGUAAGUUCGCAAAGCAAACAAUUCUCUUAUUUAAGAAUAUUUCGGAUUGUGUAACAUGCAUGUGCUCAUACCUUUUUUUUUUUUUGUUAGUGUACGUCGGUUUGCCCACCACUGGUCAUUAAGCGAAAUGGCUAUGCUGUUUAAAGAAUUGUAUGAUGCUAUUUCGUCUAGAGAUUUCUCCUAUCCUAAUGUAUAUAUUUCAAAGCGAAUACUGCGUAUUUGCCUCGUCUCUC